AUGUCCAACUCCGAUUCCGUCGCCAGCAACCGCGAGCACUUGUGCGCUCGCAUGGACCGGUUCCUCGAGUUUAUCAACUCGGGCGACGAGACCAUCGGCAAGGAGGUCGUUUCCGAGUCGGCCGAGUUCCACGUCCCUUUUGGCGGCCCCCCGCUCAAGGGCCUCGGCGGCUACAUGCAGAUCCUCGGCAUGAUGCGCGGCGCCUACCCGGACAUCCAGUGGUCCCUGCAGGAGACCAUCGUCGAGGGCGACAAGAUCGUUGCGCGGUUCGCCAUCUCGGGCACGCACCAGGGCAACUUCCUCGGCACCCCGGCGACGGGCAAGCAGAUCAACGCGCAGGCCUUCAACAUCUACAGGUUUGCCAACGGCAAGAUUGUCGAGGAGCGCGGGCUUCCAGAUAUCUUUGACAUGCUUGCUCAGAUUGGGGCUAUUGCGAUCCCCGGGCCGCCACCCGCAUAA